AUAGUAGAUCGAAGCAAGCCGACAGAGUUUGGUGAAGGCUCACAUGCCCACCUAACAUGGGUGCCUGUGCCUCUCUCUCUCUCUCUCUCUCUCUCUCUCUCUUCAUGCUGUGCUCUUCCAAAGUCCCAGCCAUGGUCAUUCUAGCUUCGUUCUCACUCCAGACUCCAGGCUCCACACCACGCACAGACAGUGAGCUCUUGCCCCCACAGAGCAGCAGGGUCCAGGCAGAUAGAUCCUCACCAAUUUUCUCUCUCACUCUCACUCACAUUAUCUCCCUAAAUAUACUCUUGGUUACCAGGAAUCAUCACUGGAGUGGAGCGUGUAUAAAAGGGCCAGGUCCUCUCAAGUCUGAACCUUCAAGUGCCCUGUGCAGCCGUGUGCUAGCUCCUCAGUCCUCACUAGUCCUUUCUCCAUCACAAACGCUAGUCUUUCUCUAAAGAAACUCGAAGCUCUAGAUCUUGAUGAAAGGGGGGAAGAAAUGUAGCAGUGCCAAAGAAACCUUAGGUUCAGCUGUUUGUAACAAAUUCUCUGGCAACGACGACAGGUCGGAGACUCGAAGCAAUGGCGUCCAAGAUGCUGCUCGCCGCGCUGUGCGUGGUGGCGCUGCUCGCGGUGCGGUCGGAGUCCCACGGCCUUGGGGACUUCACGAACAGCGAGGCGACGCCGCAGAUGCAGAACUUCUUCAAGCCCGAGGCCGCGGCGCUCCCGGAGUCCCUGGACCCCUCCUCCAUGCCCGCCGCCACCAUGGCCGCCAAGCCGGAGGCCACGGUGAUCCCGACCACCACAACCACGGCCACCACGGCGGACACCUCCGCCGCGACUGCAGGCACGGUGCCCAAGUCGUCAGCCACGCCGCGCAGGUCCGUGUCCGUGGCCGCCGGCGUGGCCUGCGGCGUGGCUGCCGUGGCCGUGGUCGGCAUCGCGGCCGCCGUGGCGUACGUGGUGCGCGGCAGGCGCGGCGGCGCGCGGCGCGGGACGGCGGUGCAGCUCGGCUCCUCCCCGUGAGCUCGGGCUCAGAUGGGGGCCCCGGCCCGCUUCGUAGGCCAGGCCAGCGUCGUUACUCAUUAGGAGCUGGUUAAGCGCGUCGUUUAGCUUCGCGAUUUGUGUUGAAUCGAUCGGAUUAUUGCUUUUGGGUUAUUAGUGGUUGAAUUCUUUCGUGUGUGUGUGGGGGGGGGGGGGGGGGGUGUCGGUGAAGAUCAAUCACGCUACCGAGUACGGACCAGCAGUGGUGCAUGUAACAUAAAUAAUGCUGGUGGAGUGGUGGUAGUAAGCGUCAUGUUGUUGUGUAUGGUGUCUACUGUAGACCUUUGAUAUUGCUGUGCAUCAGGAUUUUCAGGAUUUUGUUGUUGAGA